AUGGCAUCAAGUCUCCCAAGAUUUACCUUUACUAAAAGCACGCAACAAGGAUAUAAUGCUUCGGAGGUCAAGUCCUUUGAUACGGCGCCAAUUGUCGACUACAUUCAGCAGCGGUCUGUUGACAACUCUCGAGACCAGGAUCCCGAUGCAGCCUACAAUGAGCAGCUGUAUAGCGCAGCUCUAGAAAAUGUUCUCGAGACGACAACUGCUGGCAGGCAUCUACAUACAACCCUCAGUGACGAAAGCGUCAUCCGAUUCGUCAACGGAACGGAGGCAACUGUCGUCAAUAGAGCUCGCAUUGUUGCAAAUUUCUCCGGAAUUACGUCUGGUCAAGCAGUUCAUGAGCGCUUUGAGGUACCGCUUGACGAUGGCGAAGCGGAAGUCAUCCUCAAUACUACGAGGAUUCCAUUCUCCCCGGCCUUGGAGGGGUACCCUGAACCUUCUGUCAUCCACGAAGACAGGUACAUCAGCGGCUACCUCUUCAACGAAUCGACUCUGGGAGACACCGCUGUACUGGCUGUGAAUGUCUUUGUGUCCCAAAACGGAACCGCUAGAACUGUUCUUGAGGCGCUCGAAGAUCCCAUCGAGUUUGCCAGAGUUGUUAGCGAGUUCGUCGACAGGAGCAAGAGCCAGAAUAAAUCUAAGCUUAUCAUAGAUUUGCAGGGCAACGGUGGUGGUCUUGUGGCCAACGCAAUGAGCCUAUAUGCAACACUAUUCCCCGAGGCUGGCGCAGAAGCGCACAUGAAUAUGCGAGUUCGGGCGCACGCUGCUUUGAAUUGGGUCGGAAGAACUGCUGAGAGACUAGGCGCAAACCUAAAGACCCUUCCUUACCCGAUUGGUUUCAAUGGCUUCGUCGACGAAGAUCUGAAAAACUUCACAAGCUGGGAGGACUUCUACGGCCCUGAGACAAUCGAGGGCAGCAAUUACACCAAUGUUGUGCAACCAUUGGAAGUAUCCUACGCCCGUACCGGCUUGCCCGGCAUCUUCGAGAUCCCGGAGCCGUGGUUCAAGCCAGAAGACACAGUCAUUCUCACCGAUGGUCACUGCGCGUCUGCCUGUGCCUACAUCGUCGGCAUGAUGACUCGGGAGCUAGGCAUCCAGGUCGUGGCUAUGGGGGGACGACCUAUCGAUGCGCCGAUGCAAGCCGUUGGAGGAACCAAGGGUGGACCAGUCACUUCGCUAGGACCCUACCAGACCAUUUAUCCUGCCCUUGGAGCAUUCGUCAAACCUCCAGAGGGAAUCGACAUGACGCCCUUCGCCGAGCCGAACCCCCCGCUCGCGGGCUUACCUACGGACACAUGGACCGUCAACUCGGCCAACAUCUAUCUCGAUGACGAUCUCGAUGGCGUUCCGGUCCAGUUCAGAUAUGAGGCGGCAAACUGCAAGCUCUACUAUACCUGGCAGACCUUGACAAACAUGACUAAUUUGUGGACCGCGGUGGCAAAUGUCAAGUGGAAUGGCGCCAAGUGUGUGCCGGGCUCUACCACCAACGACGGCGACACCAUGGGAGGAGUGCCUGAAUAUACGGACAAGGUUGUCUCGAAUUUCAGAUGGGCAGCCGGUCCUGGAGACGCGAAUGCGGCACCAGGCUCGGGCAAUGGAGAUGUCGGAAACGGUGGUAACAAAAAUGGGGAUUCUAGUGACGAGGAUGAAAAUGCUGCUGGCUCGUUGCGGGCUAGUUGGAAAGUGCUGGCCCUUGUGCUGUCUGUUUCAACGAUGCUGUUUGUCAUGUGA